AUGGCUAGCAAUAAAGUAGCGUUUUGUGUAUUUUUGUCGUUAUUUUACAUAUUUGCCGAGGCAAAUGGGCAAAAAACCGUUAUACAACUCGACGAGGAAAACUGGCCGGAGAUUUUGCACGGGGAAUGGAUGAUCGAAUUUUACGCCCCCUGGUGUCCCGCCUGCAAAGCCUUAGAGCAAAAAUGGAGCCAAUUCGCCCAAUUGGGCCCCGGAUUGGGCAUCAAAGUCGGCGCCGUCGACGUCACAAGUUCCCCCGGUCUAAGCGGGCGAUUCAUGGUCACUGCCUUACCAACAAUAUUCCACGUGAUAAGCGGCGAAUUUAGACAAUACAAAGGUUCGAGGGACGUGAAUUCCUUCACGUCGUUCGUCGAAGACAAGAAAUGGGAACAAGUCGAAGCGAUACCCGGCUGGAAGUCGCCCAAUUCCAUACAAAUGGGCGUCGUUUCGUCCUUUUUCAAACUGUCGCAAUUAUUGAGACAAAUCCACAAUAAAUUAACGGAAGAAUACGGCCUACCCAGCGUGGGAUCUUACCUGAUCUUCGCCUUGGGCACGAUCGUUUUGGGAGCCCUAUUAGGAUUGAUCCUAGUGUGCGCCAUCGAUUUGAUUUUCCCGCCGAAACACGCCGAAACGAAGAAGAAGUCCAACAAGAAGCGGAACAAGGACAGCGACGAUGAACUGGAUGAUGCCGAUAUCAAAGAUGAUUUGGUAGACGAUGCGAGUCAAUCGGGUGGCGAUCGAAACAACGACACCGGUUCCGAAUCGGAGGUGAGGAAUUCCCCGGGCAGGGCCGGAACGAAACCGAAGAAACGCAAAAACAGAAGAGACAUGUGA